AUGAAGAAUAUAUAUAUACAUACAUGGGAGAGGAAACGACUUACUCCGUCCUUUGUAAGGACAGAUAACGAAAAAGGAUUACACAGUGCAUUUAACCUGUCAAGGACUUUUCUAGUAGAUAUGAAACAUACCAUUAAAUGCUCCCUUAUUUUUCUGAGCAAAGAAUUCUCUCGCAACCAGUUUUCCCUUCUAUUAAAUGCGCAUAAAAACACCAACAAGCAGGCUUAUGACAAGAACGAUCAUGUAGCACUAAUAAUGUACAGGGAAGAAUUACCAUGGUUCAUAAUACUUAAUGUAUACUUUAUUUCUUAA